GCACCGCCUCUGCCAACUUGUACUGCACGUUUUCUGGAAACAAGUCACUCAGGCCGCUGGAACUUUGGAUCUAUGACUGGAUGUAAGCCGCCAUCUCCCCCGAUAAACUGCGAUGUAGUCGGGGCUCACUUGAGCUGACCCCAACACGUUUUAGCAGCCUGUUGGACUGGCUGGAAGCCUUCACUUCUCGCUAUUGCUGAAAUAUACUGCGAUGUGGACGAGCUGCGCUUUUCUGCUGGCGUGUUUGAGCGUCGUCUGCCGUGGAAACCCGCACAAAUGUGACGAAGUGCGCAAAGUUUUUCAGCUCCGGCAAAUUGGACCCAACCAGAUGCUGCCUUUGAGUCCCACGCCAGGCUCAGAUCUUCAAGUAUGCAGGUCUAAAGGUCAGACCUGCUGCACCAGAAAAAUGGAGGAGAGGUACCAGAUAGCAGCACGGAAGGACAUCGAAAACCUCCUACAGACUUCUAGCUCCAGCCUGAAGUUUCUCAUCUCGCGCAAUGUGGCUUCUUUUCAAGGAACCUUUGAGGUUUUGAGGAGACUGGCAGAGAACCACACCAAUGCUCUUCUGCGGGAGUCCUAUGGCAAUAUGGCAGAUCAGACAGAAGGUCCUGUGCAGGAACUCUUCACUGACAUUAGUCUGUUCUUGCUUGGGUCUGAGCUCAACGUUGAGGACUUUGUCCAAAGAUUUUUUGAUGGCCUCUUCCCGAUCGUAUACAAUCGUUUCAUCAACCCAGGCCUCACCGACCUAUCAGCAGGCUACAGUGAGUGCCUGAGGUCAUCAAGCCGUGACGUGAAGCCAUUUGGUGGGACGCCUUCUUUAAUGGCUGAUCAGAUUGCUCGCUCUGGGUUCUCUGGCAAGGUUCUCCUCCAAGCUUUGCACCUGGGCAUUGAAGUCAUAAACACCACAGACCACUUGCAGAUGAGCCGCGAGUGCAGAAAGGCCUUGCUGAAGAUGCAUUACUGUCCCCACUGCCAGGGCUUAACUGAGUCCAAACCCUGCAUGGGGUACUGCCUCAACGUGAUGCGGGGCUGCUUGGCAAGCAUGGCCGAAAUUGACAUCCACUGGAGGGAGUUUGUCCACUCACUAGAGGACUUGUCAGCUCGGAUGCACGGACCUCACGAUUUGGAGCAAGUGCUUCUGGGAAUUCAUACGCAAAUGCACGACGCUCUUGGACAUGCUCAAAGAAAUGGACCCCGUAUUUCGGCACAGGUGCACAGACUGUGUGGGCCGCCCAGCAGGAAGGCUUUGCAGACCUCCAGCAUCCAGCUUGGCAGCAGAGAAUCAUUCCACUUUAAAACUGCAACCAAAGCAUUGGGCGACUCACUCGCCGUCAAGAGAAGGGACUUUCUGAAUAGUCUCCGACUCUCCCGGACGUACUACGGUGGCCUUGCGGAUCAGUUGUGUGUCAGCGAGCUGGCCUCUGACGACGGGCUGUUCUGCUGGAAUGGAACCGACAUUGUGAAAAGCUACACUCUGCGCGUGGUGGGAAAUGGUAUCAAGGCUCAAGCUGCGAACCCUGAGGUCAAAGUGAAAGGAGCUGACUCCGUGAUCCAUCAAAUCAUUGACAAGCUAAAGCAUAUCAAUCAGCUGCUGCAAGGAAAAUCUAUUCCUAAACUGGGCACGCUGGACCAAAUUGAAACAGGAAGUGGGAAUGCAGAAGGACCGUACAGCGGCGACUGUGACGAUGAGGACGGCUGUGAUGGGUCAGCUGAUGGAGAGAUCAAGAAGAACAUCCAGAGUGUCUCCAAAUUGAAUCCUGAUGUGUCCAGUGACCACAAUCACAAUCAUCAUCCACCUGGAAAGGAUUACAAGGUUAAGGUCCCAUCCAGGAGCAUCAGACUGACCGGAUCCAUUUUUGUUACAAUGUUGGCUUGGUUAUAUGUGCCCCUGGCACUAUAAUGGUUGAGGUGUUCAACUUGAAACUUGAUUCUAACCUUAUUUAUCAAAGGAAGACAUACACGAUGAUCCUCUAAAAAGCAAUGGAGCACCAGUUCCACACAGUUGGGGACACUCACAGGAGUUACAACAAAUAUAAAGACAUUGCCUCAUAUUCUCCUGCUUUCAUUAACUGAAGAUUAGUUUGUAAAAUGCCAAUCUAUAUUUAUGUCUAUAAUAACUACAGUAUAUUUUGUCAAAUGUAUUGAUUUAACUAUAUUUCUGCACACAAAAUACAUGGUCUGUACAUAUACAAAUAUGCAGACGCAUCCUUGCUUUUAAUCGAUGUCUGCACAGUAUACGUUUAAUUUAAAUGAUCUGCUGUAAAAGCAAUUAGAAAAAUAAUCAGAUUUGAAUGAUUCUUGAAGAUACUUUCAGAGUUUCAUUUUGCUAGUAAUUCACUGUAACGUUUGAACAGCACAUUUUAUAAUUACUGUACAUAUACACUCCGUUUGCCAUAUCAAAAUUGUAACAAUGAGAGCAUGAUGAAAGGAGCGAAAAGUGUAUUACAUCUGCAGUACUUCUUUUCAUUUCUAAAAUAGAUUUAGAAAGAAAUGAAGUUCCACAGUCUUUCAGACCCUGGGAGGGAGCCGUUAGCUCCUGGAGUGUCUGGGAAAGAACAAGCCAAUCUGUUCAACCAGUUACUUGACUAUACAUAUGGAUGCAAUAUGCAAGUUGUACUGUAGAUCGUGAGCUGCUGGAAUGUUUGCCUCAGGAGAAACAAGAAAUGAUUUUCACAAAUGCCAUGGAUGUUGGGUGAAUGGCCAGGACAAUUUGGCUGUACAGUAUGAGACGUAUUAAAUACAGAACUAACUAAAUAUGUCCACGCAGUACACUAUCAGUCUGCCUCCGACCCACUCAAUUCCGCCAAAAAUGCGUGAGACCAGCUGUGCCAGAAGUUAGACAUUCUCUGAGCAGGUGUAGGUUUUGCCAGACUCUGUGCCACCAAAUUGUCACUUGUACAAGGACACUCUGAUUGCCCCAUAGCUUGAUAAAUCCUCCCCCUUGACAACAAUUUUUGCGCAACUUGGAUGAAUGUACAGACACUGGGAUAUCCUUUCUCAGUUUCUGUGUAGAGGUUUGUGUGUACCAACAGUCAUUUCACACGUUCAAUAAUAAUAAGCCGUGGUUCACUACCACAUUAAGCAACUUAGCCUACUGAAGUGGGGAUAUUGUCGUGUAUAUUUUUGCUAGAAUACCAGCUGACUAAAGAUUUACCACUAACAACUCUAAAUCAUUCUGGGAUGCAUGACUAAUCGCUAACCAAUUACAAACAAGCCCCUCCCCACCACAAUCUGAAAACAACAUAGAACUAGCUAACAAUUUGAACACCUUCUAGAGCAGAUUUAGAAAGGACACUUUCUCACCUCACACUCACCCGUCUCUGACUCCCCCCCUCCUGCAUUGACCAUCCACCAACAAGUGAGACGUAUCUUCAAACAACAAAACAUCAACAAAGCGGCAGCCUCAGACCUUGUUGUGUCUGCAUCUUGCCUCAAAGUAUGUGCUGACCAGCUCACUCCAAAGAGGUCUAGAUCUCUCCACGGCACUCUCUUGGCAGAACGAAGAGGCUUGAGGAGGCACUGCUCCCAACCAGCGAGUGUUGACUGCUCCAAAAGAGGGCAAAGUCUGGCCAGCUUUCAUCUUUAUGUUAGACGUACUACAAGAGCUUGCUUGUGAUCAAGCUAGGCUUAGUCAUCUCAUGUUUA